AUGCCACUACUUAUUGCUCAAAGAAAGCACCAUCUAUUGUCUCCAACCCAUCAAGGUUCGUGGUCGAAUAGGCCAAAGGUUGCUAGGCGCUGGUUUGUUAAGAUUGAAGAGACUGAGUCAGGUAAAGUCUAUCUCAGAGACCCACUUUCACUUUCAAGAAUGACAAUCAAGAAUUUGAAAAUUUUCACUCGUUUUCCCAAGGUCAUCAACCUGUUUGAUUAUAGAGUGAGAGAGAUAGGCAAAGAGUACCGUCUUCAAUAUGUAAGAGGAGAAAGCCAAUUACUUAGAGAAGAAGUUAUUGUCUUUAAGAAAGUUGUUUUGGGUCAUAACAAAGAUGGUCAAUUUGUUGCCAUGGCUCUCCAUAUCAAUGGAAAAUUGUUAGUGUGGAAGAUGGGUGAGGAUAGAUGGGUGGGAAUAGAUGAUGGGUUUCAAUAUUACAAAGAUAUUGCUUAUCACAAAGGUAGGUUUUAUGUUGUGGAUGAUACGAGACGGAUUAUAGCUGUUGAUUGUUCUUCCUUGGAGAUUACUCAGGUUGCUCCUUCCGCUCCCCAAGAUGCCCAUCGUACGUUUACCUACUUGGUGAAGUCACAGGAUGAUUUGUAUUUGAUUUAUAGGUAUGGCUGUUCCUGCUUGAAUGUUUUCAAACUUGAUGAAGAGCUAGGCAAAUGGGACUCUAAUGGGUCGUGGUUGAGCGAUUGGGUAAUGUUUGUGGGAGAUGGUGGAUUUUCGUGCUCGUUUUUGGCUGCAGAAUUUGGAAGACGCAAGGGAAACCGCAUUUAUAUUAGGGAUUCUUGCUUUACUAGUGUUAAAACCGAUGGCAAGUUUGAGUAUAACGAAGCUUUGUCCCUAAAACGUUUGUCACUCUAUUCUAAAUUUUUCUGGCCUCCCCCAACUUGGCUCAAGCAAACAGACCAAGCUCUUGAGAUCAGUGAAAGAACUGGGAGAGAUUAGGUAUUUAUUAUUAUUAUUAGUAUUUUUGGGUAAA